CCUAAGGCCGGCCCUGCUGCAGGUGCACAUGUCACUGGCUACUUUGACCACAACCCCCCUUGGUAAAAGGGACUUCCCAGAUUUCUCAUCCAAGAAAAAAAUGUCCAGAGUUUUCCUUUGGGAUAAGUGCCUUUACGUCACUAGACUCCAUUUCUACAAAUGCGCGGACUCUUCAUUUCCUUACGGAGGGAUAAAUAGAGGGUGGUUCACAAGUCGAUAUCUUUAAUUGCUCCUGGGUUGUAUCAAUAUCUACCGGUUUUACUGCUCCAUCACAAGCCACUGGGAACGGGUUGCCCGGGAAACGGCCGCAUGGCAACAGGAUCAGAGCCUGGGGGUUGUCUGCUUCUAGGUCUGCUCCCAUUUUACAUCGCAUUUCCUCACUAGAUGGUGUGCAAGCCACUGGAGAGAACACUUCCCCACACAGCGAGCUGUACAUCCAGCUAAACAAACCUGGGAAACUAUAAACCACGGAGCGUUUCUUCACGGGGUUCCGAGGCGGAAAAGUCUGGAGUUAAAGCCGUCUGUCGCUUUUCUCUUUCUUUAAAAAAAAUUAAUAAAAAGAAGAAGCUUUUUUGGGCAACAACUUGGGAGAGGAAAAAAAAGCGACCACAAAACAGCUGUGAUGGACAUAAUGAUUGCGGUGCAGGAUGCUUGUGUCUCUGGUCAGUGGCUUACUGCGAUCAUUUUCAGCCUGUGCUGCUUUCUGCCGUCCUGUUUGCCAGCCGGACAAACUGUGGACUAUUCUUCGGUGGAGAAUGUAGUGAGCAGACAAGGCGACACGGCUCUGCUGAGGUGCUACCUGUUGGAUGGGAUCUCUAAAGGAGCCUGGCUGAACCGCUCAAGCAUCAUUUUCGCAGGGGACGACAAGUGGUCUGUGGACCCACGUGUGUCCAUAGUGUCCAGUGUUGGAGACAAACACGAGUACAGCCUUCAGAUACAGAAAGUGGAUGUUACUGAUGACGGCCAAUACACAUGUUCGAUUCAGAGCGAACGCAACCCACGGCCGAAGCUACUCAACCUCAUCGUAAAAGUUCCACCUAAGAUAUAUGACAUUUCCUCUGACAUCACAGUAAAUGAGGGCAGUAAUGUGUCGCUCAUCUGCACGGCCACUGGGAAACCUGAGCCGAUCAUUGCCUGGAGACACAUAACCCCAUUAGCCAGGAAGUAUGACAGCAGCGAAUAUCUUAACAUCACCGGCAUCACAAGGGACCAGGCUGGAGACUACGAAUGCAGUGCUUUAAAUGACAUUGCCUCUCCUGACACCAAAACAGUAAAAGUCACAGUCAACUUUCCACCGGACAUCCAUGAAAUGAAGAGUCACGGAGUUGGUUUGGGGCGCACAGCACUGCUGCGGUGCGAAGCUGCUGCUGUGCCUUCUCCAACCUUUGAGUGGUACAAGGGUGAGAAAAGGAUCAUUAGGGGACACGGUAUUGACAUCAAGAGCCUCAGCUCCAGAUCAGUCCUCACAGUGACCAACAUGACAGAGGAUCGUUAUGGGAACUACACGUGCGUCGCCAUCAACAAGCUGGGGAGGGCCAACGCCAGCGUGCCUCUUAUUCCAAUUAUUGAGCCCACCACCACUAGUGCUGUCUCAAGCCCAGCACCCAACACUGCACCCUAUGGGAGCACAGGAAGCGCCCAUGUCCCGCUGGCCUGUCGAUACCUGGUCCUGGCUCUCUCCUCCUUCAUCAGUGUGUACUAGCAGAGGCCAGCGCAGACACAGUGACUGUCCAGAGCAUUUAUGAGUCCUUUUUUUGACAUUGCUGAUGGCUGAAAUUUAAUCUGGCACUGUUUGUUGGAAAGCUGAGGUGGGGAAAUAGUCAGCUUCUUUUUUUGUGGGGGAAAUAUAUUUUUUAUUUUAUUUUUAUUUUUUUUGCUUUUUGGUGAAAAUUCUGUCAUGUAAAUGCUAUGAUGUUAUUUUUUAUUAUUAUUCUAAUUUUCUCAUAUCCUAUUUUAUUUUCUGAUUGACUGACCACAUUGUGAAUUAGUGCUCACGCCCACCUCCCGUCUUAUCAACAGCCUCUCAAACGAGUCGCUUUCAUGCUUUUUUUUUUCUCCUGUGAGGCAAUGGCGCAAACUUUUCCAUUCAUUUUUUGUACAUGGUUCAAAAGAAGCAAUUGUGCCAAGUCUCUGAAAACACAGAUUACCAUACCAAUGUUGUAUUGAAUGUAUUAUGGGCUGUUGAACAAAGGAAAGACAUUUAGAUUCCUAACAAUAACAUUUUUGAUUAUAGAGUGAGCUUAAAAAAUACAGGGGAAAAAAGAGGAAAAAAAACAAAGAACAACAAAGGCAGGGUUUUUUGGUUGUUUUUUUUGGGGGGGUUUUUCCGGCACCCGUGUUGCCAUGAUUACUCAGUAGGUGGAUAAACAGUUUUGAAGGUGUGCUUUGUUGUAUUUUGGAAAUGGGUCCAUCAUUUACCAUGCCUGCCUAGCAGCUUUGAUCAGGCAGCAGUCAAAGUAGCAACAUAUCCUGUAUCGUAUCUUUAUAUUUUAAUAUAGUGUAGGUUUAUGUUUGAACGUGGGACCAGCUUCGCACAUCCAACCAGGAGCAUUAACACGAACCAUGACUUUGUACGGUAUGAAUGGAGGGACAUUGCUGCGCUUUUGUUUACAUUUUUCUCAACAGACAGUACUACAGCCUAUUCGUCAUGCUUGUUCUGAUUGCUUCAGCAGUUUGCUUCGGUUAGGAGGAAAACGCAGAGCUCGAGUUAAACUGUUUAAAAAAUUGCAGUUCCUUAAAAGAAGUAUCUUUCUGCAGGCGUCAGAGCAGAGACUUUUUUUUUUUUUACUUGGUUCUUUCUAGCUGAAAUCACACAGCAGCAACAUACUGUUCUUUUGGCUGCAGGUUGUACCAAAAAUAUUUGGAUAACCAAAUCAGAAAAAUAAACUCUGCAGCACAAAUUCCCCCUCCUAACAAAAAGUAAUCUGAGACUCUGAACACUUUUCCCCUCACACCACAAGGGUGAGCAGAGAUGAUCAGUCUCUAUUAGAGUUUAAGCCCAAUUAAAUAAUGGAGCAGAUUUUCCAUUUCCUUUUUAGGAAAGCUUGUAAGAGCAGCAUCCUCAUUUCUAAGUACAGUGCCUUGCAAGAGUAUCAAAACCCACUUUUGUAUUUUUACACUUGUUGACAUAAUAACCACAAACUUGAGUGUAUUCAUGCUGUUUAAUACAUUAAAACCAACACAUGAUAAACAAAGACAAAGUAGUGCAGAACUAUGAUGUGAAAGUUAAUGAUUGGUUUUCAGAGUUAAAACUAAAACAGUUGCAACAUUUUGGAGCCUUACCAGCUUUCAUCUACAGACAGAAAUGUUUACACGUUCUUUCUUACAAAAUUCUUACAGAACUGUGCAGGUUCCCUAUCCCUGUUGAAGAAUAACAUUUUCAAAGCAAGAUGCUACCACAACCAUCUUUUUUUAUAGUGGACAUAGUGUGUUCAUUUUGUAUGUAGGCCAUCACAUUUUCUUCGGUCUCACCUCAUGUUUUUGCCUUCUUGUGGUCUCCCUGAAAUGGCAAACAGAAGAGGGUCAUUAAUUUGCCCUUUAAAACUUCGGUAACCUUGUUAGUCUUCAAUAGAGGGCCAAUUUGUAGAAUGCAAGACAUAGUUGUCCUGACAAAAGAUUUUCUAUGUGGAGCUGUGGAUCUUUGCAGCUCCUCCAUUGUUGCCAUGGGCUCUUGCCUGCUUGUCUCUUUAGGUCCUGGAACAUUUGCCAUUGUGCUACAUUUUUACCAUUCUCAGAAGAGAUUUGAAUUGUGCUUUGUUUCAUAACCUAACUCUGCUUUAAACGUACCCAGAACGUUCUCCCUGAUCUGUAUGACAUGUUACUUUGUCUUCAUGAUGCAGUUUCUUCACUGAUUAUCUCUAACAAAUGUCUGAGGCCUUUACAGAGCUGCUGGAUUUUUACUGAGGUUAAAUGCUUUCAAAGGUGAACAUUUGAAAGCAUUUAGCUGCUUUGAAAUUUAUUCAGGGCUAUCAGAGUGAAAGGGGAUGCAUGCCACACUUUUGAGAUUUGAGAUUUCGCUUGUUAUAAACCAUGUAUCAUUUUACUUCUGCUUCAUAAUUAUGCGCUACUUUGUGUUGGUUCCUCUCAUAAAAUCACAAUAGAACACAUUUAAGUUUGUGGUUUUUAAGUGGAAAAAAAUUGAAAAUGGCUAUUUUUGGAAGGCAUUGUACUCUCAGCCACAUCACUAAAACAGAGAUACUGAAAUGCCUUAAUAUACCCAUAUACAUACAUUUACCUUUCCUCCUAAAAGAAACUUCCAGAAGCUCUCACCAAGGUUCUCCUCCUUCCUGAUGAUAGAAUAUUCAGUAACCAUCACUCAACAUGUCUUUGAGUAUAAGGAAUUAUCCUGGGGAUAAUUACAGCCCUCACAAUUAUUUUUUUUUUUAAUGAAUCAGAUUCUUCAUAUACAGAUGCUGCGUUUUUGGUUGAGGUCAACAUGUUUGUGAGGUUGUUUGAAUUUAAAAUGUGUUACAUUUUACCCAACAACUGAGGUACUAACCCGUCAGGUUCACAGAGUAUUUUCAGAGGUGACUGAAAAUCUGUAGAACAAUAGCCAUCGCUGUUAAAAGACUUAAAGCACAAACACUGUCAUUAUUUACAUGGUGGUAUUUUGGUUAUUUGUUUUCUUUUUGUACGGAAAUUAUGUUCAGUUUGUUUUACCAACGAUAAAUUUACUGCACCAUAUGAUUUUGUUUAAAUGUUAAAGUAUAAUGGAAAUGGUUCAGACGUAUAUUUAUUCUCUUCCUUUAUUAAAAUGAUGUAUAAACACUGCGUUUUGAAACAUGUAAAACUGGAUAUGUGACAUUUAUUUGAAUGAGACACAGUAUGGCAUAGUUUCUAAUGUCGUCAGAUUUCUUUAGAUGCCAUGACUGCUGUUGAUUUAGGUAUGUUUAAAAAGAACAAUGUUUGCAAUGAAAUUUACCUACUUUUUGAAACAGAGGGUGUGAACCAGUAUAUCAGUAUUAUAGAACAGAAUCAAUGUGUGUAUAUUUGGAGAAAAUAGGUACCUUUUGAUCUGUAGAGCCAGUGUGUAGUCCUAGUUUUCACACACUCGCGUGUUUGACGAUGUGCAGAGAGUAUGGUUGUGCUGCAUGUUCAAAAUUAACCCGUGUUUUUAAAAGGUGGCCAUUUUACAGACCUUCAAACUUUCUAAUGAAUGAAAGAAGUUUUCAUUUUGUUCUUUUACAAAAUCUUGUUUCAUAACCCUGGUCUGAAAAUACAUACCUCUACAGAUCACCAGGCUGUGUUUGUAUAUGAUUUUAUUUUACUUUUUUUCAAUCAACUUGCUCUUGAGUUAUAAUGAUAAUGAUUGUUGUGGCACAUUGUGGUGACAGUCUGGAGUUAUGCUGGUUGCUUGUUUGAGCACUUAAGACCAUGCUAGUAUUCCAUAUGAAAUGUACUGGAUGUUGAUUAUUAUUUUUUGAAUAUGGUAUUAACAAGUCCCUUUUACCGAAUCCGUAUAAUUUGCAAUAAAAGUCUUCAUGUUACAAUGUAAACCCACAUCUGAGUUAAUGAGCAGUAAAAGGCAGUUCUCAUAGGUGAUUCCAAAUAAAUGACAGUGAGACAGCAUCCCUGUUGCUAAUUUGACCCCAUGAGAACAGAAUCAAAACACCUGCUUAUGUUUUAGCUAUUGUUUUUUUUUUUCUUUUACUUUCAGCAUUUGGCUUGAUUUAACUGAUCAACAAACAUAGACUGUCUGGGUUAGAAAAAUGCAAUUAAAGCCAGUGUUGAUUACUUCAGCUAUCGUAAAGCCUGGUUCACACAGCAAAAUUUUUAAAUUGUCGGCCGAUUUUCAAAUCAUGAGAAACUUCACGCAUGACGGUAGAAACUGAUUUCACUAAUCAACAUUCAGAUGUCCGAUAGGAAAUCUCGCAAAACCUCUCAUGACCAAACUUGACCUUAGACUAAACAAACACGGCCGACAGGGAAGAAACAAUUGUGGACUGCAAUUAGCCGAGAACGAUAGAAGAAGUCGUCCCCAAUAUCCACUAGACCUCUUUUUUUGUUUUCUAUUUAGAAUCCCCUCCAUGUUUCAAUCUCCUCACUUUCUGCUUGGCUACACGUCACAUUCAUCAGGCAGCAUUCUCAUUUGUCCUCCCUCGGGGAACAUCACACACAUACUGCAAUAUCGGGCCAAGACAAUCCAACAUGUUAAAUAUACUUAAGAUCUUAAGAGCCAUCCCAAUAAUCGGGACGUUCUUAAAAUUGUCAGAAGGGGAAAAUUGGAAAACGUUGACAUAAAAAUCUUGUUUUGUGAACUAGGCAUAACACAAUAACAACUGGCUGAAAGUUAUCUCACUCACAAGGAGAAAUUGCUAGCAAGAAUAAAUCCAUUUGGACUUUGCUAGAAGUCACAAAAUCAUGCACUGGUUAUUUGUCACAACAACUGAGAAACACAGAAAGGGGUUCAGAUCAGGAACUCAGUGAAGGAGGUGCUAGCUAUACUUUGGCCGAGUGCAUUAAACAUGAUAUUUUAGUGAGCUACAUGCAGGAAGCAAAAUUAAGAAAUUAAAUGUUAUUGAAACUGUUUUCAUGACAACUCACUGAGAAUGAAGUAAUUCAAAAGAUUUGGUUGACAAAUAGAAGCUGGACUAACUGUAGCUGCAACGCUAAAGUUUUCUUCACCUUUACAGUGCUUUGCAAAAGUGUUCACACUCAUAUUUUGUCAUAAUAAAACCUCAAACUUUAUUGAGACUUCAUGUGAUAGACCACCAGAAAGUAGUGAGAAACUGAAGUUAAAAAAAAACUACAACCUUAUCCAUGACCUGUCUGCUGUGUUCCUUGAUGCUGUUGUUCACUAAUGUUGUCUAACAAACUCCUGAGACCUUCACAGAACAGCUGGAUAUACACAGCAACCAUUUUAAACCCAGACAGACUCUUAUUUACUAAGAAGUGACCCCAUCAGGUAAUUGGUUGAACUGGAUUUUAUUUAGAGGUUUAAAAGAGAUAAGAGAC